AUGGCCAUAACUCCAAUUUCAAACACUCAAGUGACCACUUGCCAGAUUCCCGAGUGGCACCAUAUACCGAACACUUCAAUCCAAUCCAAGCCGCUCAUGAUAUACCAUGGAGCCUUUGAUGCCACACCCACAGAGCUCGAGGAGCACCUGGAGGCAGUGGGCGAGGUUGUUCCUCAAUGGGUAUAUAGCAUGUACAGCCAGACCCACUUCCACUCCACAACGCAAGAGGUGCUCGGGGUCAUCUCAGGGAGCGCGCGUCUUUGUUUUGGAGGCGAGGAUAACCCCGAGCGAUUUGAGCCGACGGUCCAGCGCGGUGAUUUGAUAAUUGUACCGGCGGGGGUGGGUCAUCGACUCUUAGAGGACAUGCAUGUGAACCAGGAAGAGUUCCAAAUGGUUGGUGCAUAUCCACACGGAAAACAGUGGGAUAUGUGUUAUGGGAAACCGGAAGAGAAAGCAAAGGUGCAGAGAAUCAAGGAUGUGGCGUGGUUCCGUCAAGAUCCGUUGUAUGGCGUUGACGGCCCAGCGUUGCACGUCUAG